AUGGAGAGAACCACUGCUGAGAAAGAUAUCGAUAAGCUGGAAGUGAAUACGGCCGAACAAGAGAAUUAUGUGCCACCAGCACAGAAAUCAGUUUCAGAAAUAAUUGCUGCAGAUGCGGAAGAUGAAAGUCUCAAUAGAUAUAAACAAAAACUACUCGGUGCAGCCAAAUCGGGGCAAGUGAUCGUUGAUGCAACGGAUUCGCGGAAUGUACUUGUUAAAUCGAUUACAUUGGUUGUCGAGGGUCGUGAUGAUAUUACAAUGCAACUUGAUAAAGAUCAUUUGAAUGAUGCGGUAUUCAAAAUAAAAGAAGGUACUGCAUAUCGCAUCCGAUUUGAUUUCUACGUGCAACGCGAAAUCUGUACAGGUCUGAAGUACAAGCAAAAAGUGAUACGUCAUUCAAUUGCUGUGGAUCAUGAUACAUUCAUGGUUGGUUCAUAUGCGCCAAAAAUGGAACUACAAUCAUAUACAACACCUGUUGAUGAGGCUCCUUCAGGUAUGAUUCAUAGAGGAACGUAUAAAGUAAAGUCGCAAGUGACAGAUGAUGAUGGAAAUGAUUGGUUAACGUGGACAUGGACAUUGGAGAUCUCAAAAGAUUGGUAG